AUGCGGGAGAAUCAUCCCGAACUCUACUUUGCGACCGGGGAUGUCGUCCUGCAAGCAAAGCUCUCAUCAGAUGCAGGGCAACAGAAAUUCCAGAUGUUUUGCGUACACAAGACUAUCCUGAGCUUUCACUCGGACGUGUUCUCCAAUCUCUUCGCCGACGGCUGUGCGAAACUCGAACAGAGUUAUGACGGCCGACCACUGGUGGACAUGCUCGACGAUGCCUACGACCUCGCCCGUCUUCUCCUAUACGUAUACAAGCCAUCCGAAUAUCUGCUACGCCCGUGCCACCCGGACACCCCUCUCGAGCUCAGGGGCGUCGUCAGACUCGCUGGCAAAUAUCUUAUGGACCAGGCACGCGCGGACAUGAUCAAACGAGUCACGAUGGACUGGCCAGUAACUCUGCAAGACUGGGAUGUCCGUGACGGUGUAGACGCCAUGCACAACCAACACUACUGGCAGUCUGCCGGUGGCGAUGCCUGGGUCGACCGCAUGCCAGAGCCCGUUUCCGCCAUCGUCUUUGCUCAGGAA